CGAUUAUUUCACGAUGAUAGAAAGGAGAAACGUCAAAGUCAAAUCGACUUUUAAACGAUUUCAGAUCACAGAGUUUCAAGAUGGUGGAGGUUGUUGAAGAUAUUAUUAUGGACUCCGACGACAAUGAAGAAAUUCUUCCUAAAACAACAGAAGAAUUAGCUGAACUUAAAAAAGAAAAUGGCAAUCAACUCUUCAAAAUCAAGCAAUAUCGUUCCGCUCUUCCUCUCUACACCGAAGCCAUCACCUUGUGUCCGGAUACAGCAGCAUACUAUGGAAAUCGAGCUGCCUGUUAUAUAAUGUUGAAUCGUCACAGAGAAGCUUUGGAGGACGCCCGGAAAAGUGUGUCCUUAGAUCCUCGAUUUGUUAAAGGAUAUGUUCGUAUUGUCAAAUGCGGAAUUGCCUUGGGCGAUUUGGUAAUGGCAGAAAACGCCUCCAAACAGGCUGAAAAACUACAACCUGGAUCGACGGCUGCAGAAUUACGAUCUUUAGAAAAAAUUAAGCAGUACGAUCAAGAAGCGGCAAAGGCAUUGGAGGUUAAGGAUUUUCGAAAAGUAGUUUACUGUAUGGAUAGAUGUUUAGAUGAAGCUCCAACAUGUGAAAGAUUUAAAUUGACAAAAGCCGAGUGUUUGGCUAUUUUGGGAAGAUAUCAAGAAUCACAAGAAAUUGCUAAUGAUAUAUUGCACUUCAAUAAGGGCAGUGCUGAUGCUAUUUUUGUAAGAGGAUUGUGUCUUUAUUAUGAAGAUAAUAUUGAAAAAGCUUUCAACCACUUUCAACAGGUUUUGAGACUUGCCCCUGAUCAUGCCAAAGCUAUGGAACAAUACAAAAAAGCAAAACAAUUGAAAAAGAAAAAGGAAGACGGUAAUGAAUCUUUCAAAUUAUGCAAAUUUUUGGAAGCGGUAAAACUUUAUACGGAAGCUUUGGAAAUUGACCCACUCAACAAAAAAACAAACGCAAAAUUAUAUUUUAAUAGGGCUACUGCUUUAUCGAGACUUACAAAACCCAAAGAUGCUAUAAAAGACUGCACUGCAGCGUUAAAUUUAGAUGACACAUACCUUAAAGCUCUUUUAAGGCGAGCAAAGUGCUACAUGGAUAUUGGAGAAUAUGAAGACGCAGUCAGGGAUUAUGAGAAAGCAUGCAAAAUGGAUAAGAGUCGUGAGAAUAAAAGACUGUUGCAAGAGGCUAAAUUGGCGCUUAAAAAAAGUAAAAGAAAAGAUUAUUAUAAAAUACUGGGAGUGGAGCGAAAUGCUAAUGAAGACGAAAUUAAGAGAGCAUAUAAAAAGAGAGCUUUAGUUCACCACCCAGACAGACAUGCAAAUGCCACAGACGCCGAGAAGAAAGAACAGGAAAAGAAAUUCAAGGAAAUAGGUGAAGCAUAUGGCAUACUCUCUGACGCCAAGAAAAAAGCUCGUUACGAUAGCGGUCAAGACAUGGAAGAUUUUGAUGGAGGCAUGUCAGACGUCGACCCUAACCAAGUCUUCCGAACAUUCUUCAGUGGAGCCCCCGGCGGUGCUGGCGCCGAAUAUAGUUUUGGUGGAUUCCCGAACGGAUUCACGUUCCAGUUUAGCUAAUUCCUUCGCCUCCACAGCCACAUUCCUAUCUAAAUGUUCUCAUGAAAUAUCCAUUUCUAGUAACUUAUGUUUAGAAAUUUAAUAUGUAAGUUUUUAAUAUCAUUUUUACCUUUCUUUGUUGGAACGCCUCUAAUAAUUUCAGUAAACUUGAGAAUAUAUACUAGCAAUCAUUCUAUGGUGUAUUACUAUAGUGUUAUAGGCAUGUAAUACCUACAUAAUUUUUUGUAUAUAGUAAUAAAACAUAAAAAAAAUCUAAUUACCUUUUAUGCCAACCUUGUUGCUUAAAUUUAUGUUAAAUAUAUUAUAUCACACAGUA